ACCAAGGGCUGUGCUGUGUCUGCAGUUCAGCGAUACCCAGUGCUUCCUUUUACGCGCAGGGCAACGCACAGCGGAUUGCAUGGAGCAGAUGUGCCCGCACUGCCUGCCCACAGCUCCCUGAGCCCUCCAGCUGCCGCCCCUCAGCGCCAGGCUCAGAAAAACCGCGCAGAGCUGAGCCAGCAAAGCUGCCGCCGUAACCUGGAAGGAAACAGUCGUCAUCAAAAUAAACUUCCUGGGUUGGUACGGCCAGGAAGCGGCGCUGGCAGCGAUGGCUCUGAGCAGCAGCGUGAGCCGUAGGGAGAUGAAGGAUUUACUUUGUUCCAGUGGAGAGCAUGCUUUGAGGAGAUGCUAUUUCAUGGGAUAUCAAACACAAUUGCAGAAAGGCACCUUUAUCAUCUGGGACAUAUGCUCAUAAGGUUCUAGCUGAUGCCCACACCUCACUGUAAUGAUGCCAUCAAGAACGAAUCUCUCUGCUGGGAUUCCCAGUAGCAAAGUCAAAUAUUCCAAGCUCGCCAGCACUGAUGAUGGAUAUAUUGACCUGCAGUUCAAGAAGAGCCCACCAAAAAUCCCCUACAAGGCAAUUGCAUUGGCUGUUGUGCUCUUCAUGAUUGGAACUUUUCUCAUUAUCAUCGGAGCCCUCCUCUUGGCAGGAUACAUUAGCAAAGGCGGAACAGACCGUGCCAUCCCCGUGCUCAUCAUUGGGAUCCUCGUAUUCCUCCCAGGAUUCUACCACCUGCGCAUUGCAUACUAUGCUUCCAAAGGCUACAGGGGCUAUUCCUAUGAUGAUAUCCCAGAUUUUGAUGACUGAAUCAUGUUCUGGACAGCAUUACCAGUAGGUUAGUGUUAAGAGCUGCUAGUGAUCUUAAAUAUUGGAGGGAGCCUUUAAGAUUGUAAACGGAACAUGUCAGUCUCAAGAUGCAUUGUCCUGGUCUUGAAAACCCUGUGGGGAGGCUUUGAAAGCUUUCAGCUGGUGGGGAUGGGGGCUGAAUGUGAAAGUGACCAAAAGGAUUGCAAAGUUAGGUGGGAAGAACGUGUGAUUUACUGUAUUUUUCCUCUUGGGUAUAUGAUGCCAGUUGCUUGUAAGAAGUUCCUCAGCAAAGCAAUUCUAGCCGAUCUCCAAAAAUAGAAAAGUCUGAGAGUUCCAUCAGUAAAGAUAUUUGUUUUUCUAUACUGUUUCAAAGA